AUGGUGGGCACUCAGUUGGUCACACCUCCCAGUCCCAGGGAGAGCCCACAGGAUGCUAUAGUAAACGUCAGUUUCGUGGUCAUAGGUUUUUCCUCUCCGAGUGGCACCGCGGCUCUGCCGUAUGUGGAACCAGCGCUAUCUAUGGCCGUUGAACACGUCGAAACAAAUUACAAGGAGAAUAUGCAUUUCCGCUUGCAUUUUAUGGAAGAACAAACAUGCGCUGACCUCGGUAGCAAUGCUGUCGCCAUGCUGUCGGAAUGGCACUACCGUAAGCGAGACGAUCGGGACCUCACGAUAUACAUCAUACCAGCGUGUGUGGAAGAAACCGAUAUUCCGUAUUUCCAUACACAGUGGAAUACGUUGUGGAUUUCAACAGUCUCCGCCGGUUCGAAAGUGCGCUAUCGUAAUUUAUAUCCAACAUGGAUAUCGACAAAUUAUUAUCUCAUGUCCGAAUGCGCUGGAUUACUGCUUGAGAUACUGAUUAAGUACAACUGGACUACAACAACUGCAAUCAUCGACAACAGUUCGUCUCCGUUUUACUUCACCUUAGCAUCGAUAUUCUUUGCCACUGUCGCAAGCCAGAAACAUGUAACAAGCGUUGUGAGGACAAUUGAAGCAAAACCAGGUUUCAACGGCUUUCGAUCGCUUCUGGAAGGCAUUCGGGCAACAAGCAGGGUGGUGCUGUACUUCGGCAGUGGACCGGCUCUUCGGGACUUUCUGCUAACCGCUUAUUCUUUGGAUAUGACAAAUGGAGAAUAUGUUUACGUACUGAUUGAGAACAGCCCCAACCGUCCAAUAAACUGGCAGAUUGGCAAUGCAAACGAUUUGGCUCUGCUGCAAGCGUUCCAGUCGGUCUUGAUGGUACAUCCAACCGAUAACACGAAAAAUAGUUCCACAAAGAUGCAACUUGCAACAGAAUUUCAACGACGAACCAUGCAAGAUUUUAACUUCACAUAUCAGCUAUCGCAGCAGCCAUACGAUCUUAUCCUUGGAAAUUACAUGACGGUGUUUGCGCUAGCGAAAAUUAUCAACGAUACAAUUGCCUCAGGCAAAACAGCGGAUUGGAGUGGUACGGCUUUAGCACGGCGUCUCUUGAACCAAACGUUCAGUGACGACAUCGGUAAUAGCAUGUACAUCGACAACGAGGGACAACGACGCACCGACUUCAUUGUUUCAUAUUUCAGUACAAAUGGGACCCGCAAGACUCUGCUUCAAAAGUUUGGUAACACCGGUGUUUUACUGGAAGCCCCUCAAUUGAGAGCAUGGGUCAAUGAUCCUUUUCCUCCCCCCAACGAACCACUUUGUGGAUAUUUACAUCAGAGCUUCUUUUGUUUUGCGGCGAGUGUCAGUUCUCUGACAAAAGCGUUGAUUUCCACUGUGUCGGUUGUGUGUGUAUUUCUUGGAAUCGCAAUCGUAGGAUACAUUAACAAGCAGAGAGCUAGAAACAACAUGCUCACAGACCCGUGGUGGCAAGUCCACCUGGAUGAGAAUCGGUCCGAUCGAGAAGUAUUCUGUUUUCCCACGCCAUUAGUGGGACAGAAACAAAAACACUCGGAAUUCUCACGCGGCACCGGUACCAGCGGUCUUCCUGAUGCAAUAAUCGGGACACGCGAUAUUUGUAGAGCUAUCAUUUUCGGCUCGCUCGAGAGCAGACCAGUUAUGGGCUGGAAGGUAUCCAGUAGAAAGCAUCCGGUCAGCUUUGCCAACAUCUCUGCUAACAUUGAUCUGUUGAUUCUACUCCGAAAGCUUAACAAAAUCGACCAUAUUAAUAUUUGUCGCUUUGUGGGACUGACGAUAACAAAAUCUUCUAAAGAACUCCACUGGGUAUCCGCCGUAUUGGACUGCCCAUCACGGGGUCCCUUGCCGGAUUUAUUUGAUAGCUGGAUUAGUAAAGACGAGGCUAUGACAAGCUCACUGGUUCUGGAUUAUCUCCAAGCAGUGCGGUACAUUCACUCUUCGUCUCUGCAAUUUCAUGGGCGCAUCAGCAUUCUGACCUGCUGGAUUGACAGGCAUUUCACGCUUAAACUAGCACAUUUGGCAUCCGACAGACUACGAGAAGAAACACAUAUCGCUUGUGGAGAUUUAAGCACCGCAGCAUGUCAAAACACUGUUUGGGAAUCCUUCUAUUGGUCACCACCAGAAUCAGGAAGCAUGCUUGAUAGCAAGUCGUUGCAGAUGGUCGACAUUUACUCCUCCGGUUUGAUCUUGCUCGAUAUCCUGACCAUGGGAAAAUUGCUAGACAAAGUGAGAUCCCUAACAAAAGACCAAAGUUUUCACGAUCUUCACUAUGGGACAAUGUUUUCGAGCGUGCCCGAAUUCGAAGUGGCACUGACAUCUUGCAUCGACUUAGACCCGCUCCAACGACCCGAUAUAAGCAGUCUCCUCCAUUCGUUGGCCAGAAUUAGUCCUACGCUAGCUUCGGAUAAACGAAAGACGACUCUUUUCGACAAAAUCAUUUCCAGAUUAGAAAACUAUGCAGUUGAAUUAGAAUGUCAGGUGAUAAAGAGAACCAGCGAAUUAACGGAAGAAAUGAAUAAAUGCGACGCGAUCAUCCAUCAGUUCUUGCCACGAUAUAUUGCCAAACAACUCCGAGCCGGCGAAAAAGUCUUACCAGAGUUUUUUGAAUGCGCGACAAUUACGUUUACCGAUUUAUAUGGAUUCGCCGAUUUCGUGAAGAACCAACCACCUGAAAUGACGAUCACUCUUACAUCCGCCACUGAAGCUUGCAUCGAUAAGUUGUCAACCGAGUGUGGUGUUUAUAAAGUGGAGGCUAUCGGCGACUCCUUUAUGGUAGCCAGCGGACUACCAGAAAGGAUUGGCAUAAAUCAUAUCGAGCGUACAGCAGUGUUUGCUACAAGGCUAAUGGAACUUCGGCCACAACUGACCUUUCUGCACAAUUUACGGUUUAAAAUUGGAAUCCAUUCUGGCCCGUGCGCUGCUGGAUUAAUGGGAUCAAAGCGACCACGCUACUGUCUGUUUGGGGAUACGAUUAACAUGGCCUCCCGAAUGUGCAGUCACGGUUUACCAGACCGUAUUCAUCUCAGCCCGGAGAGUCAACUUCUUCUGGAACAAUUUACAGAAUUCGUUGUCCAACCAAGGGGACGGCAACUUAUCAAGGGAAAAUACGAAAUGAUGACUUACUGGCUUAUUCCGUCAACACAAAACUGAAUUUUCAUAAGCCCUUUUGUACUCGUAAUAAAAACAUUGCCGCAUAAUCCUAAACUCUUAACUGCAUGUUUCAAACUUAAAUUACAACGGAAUAACAAUCCAACCAUUAAUUACUAGGAAGUGCACUCGCUUUUUGCGGGCACUGCAAAACUACCAGUAGAGUUUACUGAACGUGUUGAU